ACCAUAAAAGCUGAAAGCAGGAACCGUUUUUGCAAAACGAGUCUUUAUAGAAUCUAGUCGAGUGACAUCAUUACUGAGAAAGACAUUAUUACUGAGAAAGUGUAGCCAUGUCUCUAAAAGAGAUGGUGGUUUUGUGGCAGGCAGGCGUGGAGAACGCAGAGGCCGGGCGCUUCGAGGAGGCCGUCGACAACUUCACGGAGAUUCCAGAGCCCAGUGCUCGCAUCUUCUUCAACAUUGCAUCUGCCUUUCUCCGACAAGGCAACCUGGAAGACGCAGAGAGGAAUCUGGACCUCUGCGUGAAGAGGGACCCUCACAUGGCUCUUGGCUACUUCCAGAGAGGCUGCCUCUGUCUACAGAAACAGCGGUUUGUGGAUGCUCUGAAGGAUUUCGAACUGGCUCUCACGCAUCUUCGUGGGAAUCUUCUCAUUGACUACAAGCAGCUUGGACUGCAGUACAAACUCUACUCUUGUGAGGUUUUGUACAACAAGGCCUACGCUGAGCUCCAACUGGGGCGAAGGCAGCAGUGCGACGAACUGCUGGAGAACGGGAGGGAAACAGCCAGCGGUGUCUCUGAGAGCCGGCACAGGAUUAUCACCAGUGCCAUUGAGAGCCUCAAGACGGGAAAGACAUUCCUCCCCUACCGGCUUCCCAAGUCAUGCAUGUGGUUCCUCCCUCCCAGAAACAAGACCGACGUCAUCAAACCAGUCAAGUUUCUAAAGCCAGCCAAAGUUGUAUCAUCAAUUGUGGAUCAGGACGACUUUACAGGCUUUGUGGGUGCCCAGAACAAGCGAUCGAGGUCUCCAUCCCCCAACAGACUCUCCCCUCCCAGGUCCCGUUCCCGUGCCCCCAAACCCUCAUUCCCGCCACCCCCGGCGUCCGCGGGGUUGAAAAUCGAGGCUCGAGAAGCCAGUCUCCAGCAGCAGAACAAGGCUCAGCCGUUCAUUCUCCCUCGUCGGGAAUCCUCUUCCCUUCUCCAGGUCUCACAAUCUUUCUCGACCCCCACUAAGUCGAGGGUCCCCAUAGCCCCCAAAAACAGACCCCCCAAGCCGCAGACCCCGCCCCCUCCGACCAUGAUGAAUGGGGGAGGGCCCAGGUCUCUCCCGAGACGAAACUCCCCACCUUAUAUGAAUGGGAGAAAGGCACCGACGAGAGACGCCAAGUCAAGCGGCAUGGCUCCUCGGGCCAACCAGAUAUCCCCCAGUGCUUCUCCAGCUCGCUCCCCUACCCCCACUUCCCCUGAGACUACUAUAACUAUCAAGGUACACUACACGUCCACGAGAGCUGUGCGGGUGCUCUACUCGAUUCAGUUCAACCAGCUCAGUAAAAUAAUCUGCAGCAAGUUCGGGGCGCAGGACGGCACCCUCACUCUCUGGUUAGUCCCUUUUACGGUCACACAAGACAAACUCACAAUUACGGUGGGGAAUUUACACCUUAGCUGCACUGGGUAGUCAACAACUGACAACCAUAUCAAUGAGAUUCUUAGCAUUACUGAAGGGGGAAAGUGUUGUACAUGCGGGUUAGCACCUUUUCUAAAUACUCAAAUAUAGGCUACCUCUCCCGCCUAGUGGAUUUUGCAAUUUCAGACUGUUUUUAUGCAAACAUUUUCCGAAACUUCCCCGAGUGUCACGAAAAUGCAAAGCUACAUAAGUCGUGUUUAUUGCAGUCUGACGGUGUGUGUAUACGAUUUCAAAGUGUUUGUGUGUCUGUUUCUGUGAAGGUACAAGCCGGCAAGUGGAGAGCUCGAGCAGAUCACAAGCGAUGCAGUGCUCAGAACAGCCAUCGCAGACUUGGAGGACGGUUUCAGACUUACACUGUGGGCCUAUGAGAAAAGCGAGGCUCAGGCAACAGUAAUCAAGGAGGUGAUGGCAGUUGCCGACUACACGGCACAGUACGAGGACGAACUGACGUUCAGAGCGGGAGACAAGAUCAAGAUCACGCUAGAGAGUGAGUCAGACGCUCGCUCACAACCUCCCCCACCUCCACGUCCAGUCUUAAUGAGGACUCCCAGAAUCAUCGUCACCAUGAUGCAGUAGCUCUUAUUCUCCCCCAACUCUUGUCUAUCUGCAAAGUCUAACAAACAUAAGACGACAUUUUAGCUUGUGUAGCUCUUCCGUCCUGUUCACAGCAUUGUCCUCUGUCAAGAUUAUCUAACUUUCAGCAUUGUUGCCUGUCACAACUUUGUUUUCUGUAAAGUUUCAUCAGACAUGUAUAAUAUCAACCAUUAACCUCCCUCUCCCUCCCUCCCUCCCUCACUCACUCUCCUCUCUGCAGUCAACGCGGAUUGGUAUGAAGGCCAGUGUAACGGAAGCACAGGCAUUUUUCCUCGCUCCUUCAUCAAGGACGCAUAGCUGCCACCAUUAAUUUUAUUUUCUGCAUUAUCACUAUUAUUAUCAACAACCAGAAACGUAUGUCUCAGCCAGCUAUUUUUAUGUGUGGUCAUAAUGUUUUAACCUGUUGUAAAUAUGUACUGCUCUGUAUUAUAUGUAAAGUCACACAG